AUGAACAACAACAACUCUUUAAUAUUGGAAUAUCACCUAUAUGAUACAAUUUAGUUGCUUAAAAAUAAUAAAUACAAAAAAUUUAUUAAUUUAAGUAGAAAAUUAGUUUGUCAUCCUUAUUUGAUCAAUGAUACAUUUUACAUUCAAUUAAAUAUUUAGUUAAUUAGAAGAUUACUUUACUGCCAACUGAAAGUCAUAAAGAAAUAUUUCUUUCACUUUAGCUAGAAAUAAUAAACUAUUUUAGAAGUUUUAAUAACUUGCAUGAAUUUAUGUUAAAAUUAUCAAAUUUUGCUUAAUAAAUAUUAGAAUUCUUUAAAUGAAAAAUAGAAGAAUGAAAAACAAAUAUCAAGAAAACAAAAAUUUUUGAAUGAACCAAAUAAAUUAACAAUAAAAUAAUUUGCAAAUAUUUUUGAUAAAUUAGAACCAGAUAGCAAAUCUAAAAUUUGGAUUCAAUAUUAAUGGUAGUAACUGUUUUGUAACUUAUAAAAAACUUUACUCUUUAAUUAUUUAUAUUGCAAAAUAUCUUUAUUAAAAGAGGCUCCACUUUUUUUAUUCAAAUUGUAAAUGUUGAAGCCUAUUUCUACAUUUUAAUCAUAAUUUAUAUAUUUUUAAACUUUAACACUAAAGAAUGCUGCAUAAUUUGAAUUAUCCAACUUAACAAAUAAUGAUACUAUUGAAUUUGGAUUCCAAAUGCUAUUAAACUCUGUUCGAGAAUAUCAUAAACCAUAAUCAAAUUUAAUCAAUUUAUAAAAAUAAUUGAUAAAAAUAACGGCUACAUUGAUUAUCAAUUUAGACAUAUAAAGCAAAUCUUUAGAAAUUAAUGAUAAUCAUUUAGAAUGUAUUUAAUCUUUGAAUUUGGCUCAUUUUUUGGCUUCCCAAAUAUUAAAACCUUUGAAAGCCAAAUUAGAAUUUAUUGACUAUAUAAAUUCAGAAUUUGAAUUUGUAAAUGAAAAAUUUGAAUAAAUUUUAUUAGAAGAUUAAGACUUAACCAAAUUUACUUAAUUUCUUUAUGGAUAUCAGAUAAAUUAAAAAUAAAAUUAAAAAAUCAUUGGCAAUUCAAAACUUUAAGACUUGAUUAAAGCGAAGCUCUAAGAAAAUAAGAGUGCUUAAUUUUAAAAAGGAUUUAAGACAGUUCAAAGUAAUUAAUGUAUUUAUGUCUCAAACAGUCAGGAUAAAUUGACAAUGUAAGAUUAUUUACCCAUUAAAAUAAAAUCAUAUCAUCAUAAGGAUUCAACUAUUUUUUCAAAUCCAUAUUCUUAAACUUCAAUAAAUCAUACAAUUUAUGUUAACACACUUAUGAAAGAAUCUCAAUCUCAAUCACAAUCAACUAAAAGAGAGAAAGUAAUUUAAAAUGCUCAUCCAAGUAGCUUUUUGAGUUUAAAUAGUGUUUCAGUUGUUAAGUAGAAUUAAGAAAAACCUAAAAAACGUCAAAUUUCUGUAAAAUGUAAAAGGCUUAAUACAAAUUCAGAUCAUAAAAAUAGUUAUUUAAGUUAGUUAAUUAAUUUAAGAUAAAAAUCUUGUUUGACAAUAAGAGAUGAGAUAAGUGAAUUAGAAAAAAAUCAUCAAUAAUUAGUAAAUUAAUUAAACAAUCAAUAAAAAUCAAGCAAAGUAUCAACAAUAGAUGAAUUUUUUAAUAAGAAAAUAGAGGCAAUAGCAUUUGAAGAGUGUUUAACAUUAGAUUAAAUAAAGGAUACAGCUAAGAAAAUAAUUUAAACAGAAUGGGAAAUUCAUAAAGAGAUGCCAGUAACUAAAAGUCUAAUGAAAUCUAUUUCAGUUUCUGAUAUAUAAUUUGAGUAGAAAUAGGCUACAUAUAAUAAGCUUUAAGAAUAUAGAGAAAUACAAAAUGUUGAUUAUUACAAUACAGAGAAAGAUCGAGCUUAAGAUUAAAUGGAAUAAACAAAAGAAGUUAAGAAACUAAAAAUAAACUAACAAAGAUUUUCAAUGAGACAUAGAAAUAGUUAACAAAGUUUAUUAAAUUCUUAAUAAAUUAAAUCUUUAGUUAUUAAUGAUACUAAAAUUAAAGAAUAAUUUACUUAGUAAAUUUUAUAGCAAUAAAAUUCAGCUGAAUAGAAAAUUGAAAUUAAAGUAUCGCCUAGAUUAACAAGAAAGAAUAAUUCAAUGCUUUAUAAUUCAAAUUAGGAAUAGGAGAACCAAAAGAAUGGAUAUUCAUUAGUUAAAGGUUAAUUGAUAGAUUUAAUGAUAAAAAAUCUAGAAUAUAGAGAUGAAUUAAAUAUGUAAGAAAAAGAGUUGAAAUAAGUAUGAUAUUAAAUAGAUUUUUUAGUUUGUAUUACCUAGAUAAUUCAGAACAAAAGCCAUAUCUCCAUAAGGAGGAGAGUUUUCAUUAAAAUCUUAGAAUAUGAGUGAUUUUAAGUCAUUUGCUUACAGUACGAAUUCUACUUAAAUAACCUCUCAGAAUAUGGAGAAUAAAUUACAUAAGACAAUUACAAAUUAAAAAUAAUGAUGAUG